CACCAUCUAGUCCAUUAUCCCUCAGAGCUCAUCCAAAGAGGAAGAGCAGCCUGGCUCUUAGUUAAAAUAGCGAAAACAACAUCAGCGACACACCAUUUCCAUUUCACCGGUUAAUGCCUAAAGGUUCAACAUGGUCUGCGGAGGAUUUACGUGCUCGAAAAACGCCCUAUGUUCGCUAAACGUAGUUUACAUGCUGGUGGGCCUGUUGUUGAUUAUUGUGGCAGCAUGGGGAAAAGGCUUUGGCAUUGUCUCCAGCAUCCACAUCAUCGGAGGCGUGAUCGCAGUGGGCUUCUUUCUGCUCCUGAUCGCCAUCGUGGGGCUCAUUGGAGCCGUUCACCAUCACCAAGUCAUGCUUUUCUUUUACAUGGUCAUUCUCUUCAUCGUGUUCCUAUUUCAGUUUGGAGUGUCCUGUUCUUGCCUAGCCGUGAACCAGGGUCAACAGGAGAAGUUUCUAGCCUCAUCGUGGCGAUUAAUGAGUAAUGACACCAAGGGCAGUCUGGAGAAGAAGCUGGACUGUUGUGGUCUCUUCAAAAACAACCAAACUCAGGCAGAAUUUCUGAUUGAUCUCAGUAUUUGUCCAGCUCUAUGUAAACAAAAGGGGCCUUCUUGCAUUACGUGUGGUGAGAAGAUGCUCCAGCAUUCCUCAGAAGCUCUGAAGAUCCUGGGAGGAGUUGGCCUCUUUUUCAGCUUUACAGAGAUCUUAGGAGUUUGGCUGGCCAUGCGCUACAGGAACCAAAAGGACCCCAGAGCAAACCCCAGUGCAUUCUUAUAGUCCUACAGACGCUCUGUCCUAGACUACUAGUGUAGUUCAGCUAUUCUAGUUCUCUCUUGCACAGGUAGAGUUGAGCAUCAAGAGACACUUAAGCAUUAAACACCGAAAACAAUCACAGAUCCUGAACACUGGGUUUCACACACAUCCGAUCUGAAUUAUUUAUGCCAAAAAACAUUCACACAUCUAUUUUAAUGACAUAGCUGACCCAUUUCUCCGACAGUCUGCAGUAGGGCUAAUUUAAACCAGCAGGAAGGAGAUAUCAUGUAUGAUAGGAUGCAUUUUUUUCGGCACUCCCCCAUCCUUGAUUUGAGAAGCUCUUCCUGUUCUGUGUAUGCACUGAGAAUCUGCAAUGUAAAGCCAUCUUUGUCUGCAUGUACGUAACCUCAGAUCUCUUUUCUUUCACUUAAGUACGAAUACUAGUAGUUCUAAUACGGUCCCUGUAGUUUCAGUGUAAUCGAAAUGAUUUGAAAUGCCACGCUGGCAUUUAUGGUUGUAUAAAAUAGUCAAGGUGAAUAUUGUGAUGGUAAAGCAUCCAUGUCUGCCUAGAAUCAGAACCUGUUAAGUUCCCAUUUAUGUUGUUGAUGCUUUAUAAAAAUCUAGGGUUGAUGAAGUGGGAUUUUAGUUUAGUGAUUAGAUUUAGACGAAUAUUUAAGAACUUGUGUAUCUGAGCCAUGUGAAUAGGAGCGUUUCUCCCUGCCGACGGACUGCCGCCCUCCUGCUGUACAUAGUCUUUCACGCGACAGGGUCAGAGUUCACAGAUUUAUCCAUUUUUAUUUAAAGCGUAGGUUAGGUCUUAGUCUUACUGUCUUCACUGGACUUUUUAAGUUCUUGAUUAUUUUGAAGCUUAGUAUUACUCAUUGACAUAGUGUUUUAUCUUUUGCUAAUAUUUGUGUUGAUGGCGUGCCAUUUUUGUUCAGUGCAGUAAGAUUUACUCAUUCGCCUGAUUAUUAUUAUUAUUAUUUGCUAACUUUUAUGCUCGCGCUUUAACGAUGUACAGAAUUGCUCAGUUUAGUUUAUUUUGAAAAUAUUAACCGCAUCAGGUCGCUUAAAAUCCUAUCAUAACCACUUAAUGUGCCAUCUCUGUUAAUUCCUUGUGUGUUUUGCAAAGAUUUCUCUUUGUGUACUGCCUCAAAUUUACGUUUCUCUCUCUCUUUCUGUGCUAAAUAGUGUUAAGUUGCCAUCGAAGUGUGUAUUUAAGGACGUUGUUGUUGUAGCAGUUAGAUCAUUUGCAAUACCUUAUGUGCACGUAUCAUAAUUAUUCCAUAUGUUUUCUCACACAUACUGUACUUACUCAUAUUAAUAUGCAAACAUAUUGGCUUAUAAUCACACAGUCUUUUCUGACGCACAUGGUAACAUCUCUCAGUACAGUCCAGAUGUGUUAAGCUUCACUCGCUUGUGGUCUUAUAAGUGUGUUUCACUGAUGGAUUGUGAAGAUGAAUUGAAAUCAAUGUCUAUGCUCUUCUAUAGUAAUUAUUUAUUGCCGUUGUGAGAAGGCACUGAUGAACUCGGUGAGUUGUAAGCGCCAUUUUCCCUGGGUUUGCCUUGUAUUUUUGAAACUGACUUUUCCAAUUAAAAAUUCUUAGAUGAA